UGUUUUUACGCGGUGCCACUUAAAAGGAACAAGAUACCACCUCCCCCACUGCACCGGCACCUUCCUGCUCAAGUGUACGUAGGAGGUCCAGAGUCUGACAGUACAUUUCCUCGUACGUAUCAUUGAUCAUGACCUACUUAGUUUUAUAGCAUUUCUCUUUUGUUUUUUGGGAAGUUGGCCACCAGUCUCAUCCACUUUGGACGAUCCAAAAGCUCGUUAUGGCAGGCAAGACCGUCACCAUGGCGGAUCCCAUAUCUAGCUCUCCGCCUCGAAGAGACAGCUCCAGGAUACACUCCUCCCCGCCGAGACGAGCCAAUGCCAAAGAGAGAAGAAAUCCGUCCAUCACACCUAGGAAGUUUCGACGCUUCUUCACUCCGAGACCGCGUGUACCGUCUCAUCACGCAUCGGGUCAUAUAAGUCCGGCUCGUGAGGCCUUGCGCGAGCUGGCCGCUCCCCGUAUCAACCGCUCUAGCUAUCAGACACCGGCUCCCUCGAGUCCCUUAAAGGCUCCCAUGAGAGACGAAUACUAUCAGGAUGAGGGUCAUGAUGCCUACAAUACUCGGGCUAAACGGCGCAGAUUAGAGCACACGCCCGAAUUAUCACCAAUUCGUCCACGAUACCUCGAACCGAGCCUCAUCAGCGCAGAAUCCCCCGGACGGACCAAUCCAGCACUCCUGAGUCCCAUUGGAUCAAUGCGGUCAUGUCAGGAGAGUAUGGACACGGACGAUAGCGAGUAUGAUGAGAGCAAUAUGGGUGAUCAUAGGCCGACCAGCCGCCUCGCACCGUUGACAAGCCGUGGCCUCACUGGUCAUCUUUUGCAACGGCAACUAGGUGGUAUCCCCAGGGCUGGAAGAUCAUAUAUGGCAUGCCCGGUGUCUGAUUGGAGGACAGAAACCGCCGACUUCUACACUCGGCCUGAUGAUGCUUACCAUUGUACAAGUUAUGAUGGCUCAGGUCGCUGUAUACCCUUCUGUACAGCAACGUGUCAUACAAAUAGCCUCGUAGCUGUCGGCGACGAAGAGGGGCGAGUCCGCCUUCUUGAGUCCUCGGGCGACGACUCGCAAUCUUUCAGCAAAACCCACCUGUCCUUCCAGGCACACAGCAAUGCCAUAAUAGACCUGGCCUUUUCGUCCGACGACUACCUUCUGGCCACAGCAUCCGGUGACCAGACUGGCCGGGUUAUAGAUAUGAUGACUCAAACACCCAUUGCGUUUCUUCAUCAUCAUACGGCCUCCCUAAAGCAAGUGCGGUUUCAACCUGGAAAGGCGAACGGCUCUGUUCUAGCUACAUCUUCGCGUGACGGCAGUGUUCAGAUAUGGGAUCUCCGGUGUAAGGGUCCAGUACAAGACAUUCCACCUCUUCCUGACCGUGAGGCUGGCAUAGGCUUCCGUUUGCCUUCACCAAAAGCAGGUUGCGUCGUGAACAGUUUGAAGAAUGCACAUGCCAUAAUUUCUGGACAGCCCCGGCAAGCCACAGCCGGCGGACCCGGAGAUACACCUUCCAGAGGCGAAAUUCCAGGCCGCAUUGGGGACGUAUCCGUCACAGCUCUUCACUUCCUCCCCGAGGGACAGGAGCACCUUCUCCUGACAGCAUGCGAAGCAGACGCCUCUAUCAAACUUUGGGAUAUUCGAACAACGUCGCGAGGCAAGAACACACCAGUGUCCAUCACCGCUCCGCCAACCUCCCAUUCGCACUGGCGUCCCUUCGGCAUCUCAUCUCUGGCCCUCAGCAGCGACAAAUCACGCUUGUAUGCCCUUUGUAAGGACAACACCGUGUAUGCAUACUCGACACCGCACCUCAUACUAGGCCAAGCACCUGAUCUUGCAUUGCGUGAGCCGGCACGGAGAAGAUACGGUAAUACAACAUAUCAGGGUCUGGGGCCCAUGUACGGCUUCCGCCACCCCUCCUUCCACGCCACGAGUUUCUAUGUCAAGUGCGCGGUACGGCCUGCACGCGAUGGACGCAGCGAGUUGCUUGCCGUAGGAAGUAGCGACGGGUGUGCGGUAGUGUUUCCCACGGCGGAGCGGUAUUUCCGUGAUGACUUGUCCGGCGCCAUAGGCUCGGGUGUCCGCAGACCACUUUUCCAAUUACAGCGGACCAACACCGCGUCAUACAUGAACAAAGACGAUAUACCGAUUGUACGAACUGGAACACCGCUCGUCCGAGGCCAUGAUCGCGAGGUUGGCGCGUUAGCCUGGACGGAUCGCGGCAAAUUGGUCACGGUCGGCGAUGAUUACUUAGUCCGUUGCUGGAGUGAGGGCCGGGACCAGGCAAGAGACCUGAGAAUCGGUGGUGAGACAGGUGGCAGGCGAUGGGGAUGUGGAUGGGCCAAUGUGGGCGAAGCCUGGGACGGCGAUUUUGAAGAUGAUUGA